CUGAUCGCUGCAGCAAAAAACCGCCUCCAACAGCCCAGGCGCGCAAAACGCUCCAACAGCCACAGACAGACGCCGCCGACGCGCAAAGCAGCCAUGUCGGAACCGCGCAGCUCCCGCCGCGCCAAGAAGGCCGUCAACUACGAGGAGCCGAAGCCCCUCUCGACGCGCGAGAUCCGCGCGCGCAUGAGCCAGGACUCCGAGGAGAAAAAGUCCCGGAAGCGCGCCAACUCCGAGACGAGCACGGGGUCCUCCGCCGCGAAGAAACCAAAAUCUUCCACAACUCCCGCUCCCAAAAAACCCGCCGCGAAGAAGACGCCGCGCCGUUUGGAGGAAACGCUCGCCGCCGAGUCGUCGACGAAGAAGAAGCCCGCGGCGCGCACACCCAAAACGCCGACGAGCGACAAGGCGCGCGCGCGCCACGCCGCCGCCGUGUCGACGGAGGCCGACGAGUCGACGAAGGCGGCGCGCGCCGAGGCCAGGGCCUGGCGCGACAAGUACCGAGCCCUCGAGAAGGAGCGCGUGACCCAGGCCGAGCGCGAGAAGGACCGAAGUGAUGGGCGCGCCGCGCGCCUCGAGGCUUUGUGUAGGGAGCAGGAACGGCGCCUGAAGGCGUACGAAGAGCUCACGGGCUGCUCUUUGAAAGUCUUCGCGCUCGAGGCGACGGAGGACGAGGAGGUCGAGUGCGUCGCGACGUCGAACUUCACGGAUCGCAAGCUGGAAUUUAGGUUGGAGGUGCCGCGCGGCGGCGCCGAGCGGAUCUACUUCGAGGCGGGCGCCGGCGCGGAGUGCCUCGACGAGGGCAUGGAGUCGUCGCCGAUCGAGUUCGACCGGGACCAGUUCCCGCGCUUCCUGUCACGGAUCCUCGCGCGCGUGCACCGGUCGGAGGAGUCGGCGCUCUAA